AUGGCUCUUGUUCAAUUCAUUUCCGCCAUUGUUUUGGCCUUUGUUACUCUUCCAUCUUUGGCUCGAGCAACGACGACCCAUUUUGUAGGUGAUCACUACGGUUGGGCCCUCAACUUCGACUACGCGGCUUGGGCUAAGGGUCGUCACUUUUAUGUCGGAGACAAACUCGUGUUCAAGUACCCACGCGGAUAUCACAACGUCUACAAGGUGAGCGGGCCGGAAUUCAAUUAUUGCAAGGUACCUCAGGCGACCGAGGCUCUGACGAGCGGAUACGACGUCAUAAAGCUGACGUCACCAGGGAGGAAGUGGUACAUUUGCGGCAAGGCCCACGGCAAACACUGCCAAAUGGGCCAGAAGCUCUUCAUCUUUGUGAAGCCGUGA